AUGGGGUCUGGAGGCAGCCUGGGUGUAGCCUUGUUUUGCUGGGUGCUGGCUGAAGCAGUGUCUUACAGCCCCUGGAGCUUUUCUCAAAGGGGCUCAGGGGUCUUCAGGGUCCGAGGGGACUCUUCUUGGAGGCGGCCUCAUGUGCCUUCCUUCUCCCAGCCCUCCCCUUGGGCAUGGGUGGACCUUUCCCAGCUCCGAGCUGCUGCCCCGCUGCACCCUGUGGCUGUGCAGUGCCAGGAGGCUCAGGUAGUGGUCACAGUCCACAGGGAUCUCUUUGGCACAGGGCGCUUGGUCAGGGCUGCGGAGCUGACUCUGGGCUCAGCUGCCUGCUUGCCGGUGGCCCAGAGUGCGACUGAAAGCACAGUGACCUUCAUGGCUGGAGGCGGCGCUUUGCGGAUGACCCCAGACUCCUUGAUCUACAAAACAAGUUUGUCCUACAAACCUGCUCCUUCUGGGAACCUGGUCAUUGUAAGGACCAACCCAGCUGUGGUUCCUAUUGAGUGUCACUAUCCCAGGAAGGGCAACGUGAGUACCAAUGCUGUCUGGCCCACCUGGGUUCCUUUCCGCUCCACCCUGUCGCUGGAGGAAAGCCUGAUGUUCUCCCUGCGUCUCAUGAAUGAUGACUGGAGCUCUGAGAGACUCUCCAAUGGCUUCCAGCUAGGGGAAAGCCUGCAUCUCCAGGCUGAUGUUGUUUCUGGGGACCAUGUACCUCUGAGGCUCUUUGUGGAUGAUUGUGUUGCCACCCUGAGUCCAGACAGGAGCUCCUCUCCACGAUAUGCCUUGAUUGACCUCAGCGGGUGCUUGGUGGAUGGGAGAUCAGAAGACACCACUUCAGCCUUCAUCUCCCCAAGGCCGAGGCAGGAAACGCUGCAGUUUAUGGUUGAUGCAUUCAAGUUUUCAGGAGAUGACAGGAACUUGAUCUAUAUCAUCUGCCACCUGAAGGUCUCCCCAGCUGACCAGCCCCCAAAUCCACUGAACAAGGCCUGUUCCUUCAAUAAAGCCAGCAGCCUUUGGGUUCCUGUGGAGGGUACUGGAGACAUCUGCAGCUGCUGUGAGACUGGCAACUGUCCAUCAUAUAGAGGAUACUCCCAGAGAAUUAACUCUCCAGCCAGAUGGCCAGGGAGACGCUUGAAGAGAGACAUCUUUUCCAAGCAAGGUGGGUCCUUAAAGGCAGCAGAGGCCGAAGUCUCAGUUGGACCACUGUUAAUCCUUGAUCCAGCUCAGGGAUUAUGGAGCUCCUCGGGAGGCCUUGCACCUGCAAGGAAGACACCACAGGGUGCUGCUGAAGGACUUCCUAUGCUGGUCCAAGUUGCCAU